GAGUUGGCGGACGACAUUUCGACUUUGGUGGAUGAACUGCAUUCUCGAGCGGCGGCGAAAGAAUUCCCGCUCAUUCGCCCGAUAGAGUUGCGAGCGGACGACGAGCAGAAUGCCGCCGAGCAAGCCGUGAGUCUCGUCGAGAAGAUGGAUGCUGUGCAGAUUCAGAGCUACAUUGAUUAUCAGAAAGAGCAGUACUUCAAGAAUAGUCCUGGUGAUCCAGCGACUUCGAUUGACGAGAAGCAUGCUCUGUGGGCCUUUAAUUUUUAUUACAAGCACGUGCGUGAUUUCCUCGCCAAGCAAUCGCUUGAUGCCAGGACAUUUGCCCACCGGUUUGCCCAGUCAACGUUCAUCCCGCUGAUCUCCCCGCAGUCGAUCGGCGACGAAGAGAAGAAGGUUUUCGCUCGCGAUGCUGCGUCGGCCAUGAGGCCUGAAUUGUUGGAGUCGCUGGACAAGAAU